CAAAACAAAGCUAAGGUUUUAAGCUUUCGUUUUUAUAUUUAUUUAUACUUAUUUGCGUUUGAUGGCGUAUGCAUUAUGUUUUUACUUUAUUUUAUAGUUUUUAAUAUAUUAUUAUAGCCUGUUUAAGUAGUUAAGUUUAUCAUUUUAAUAUUAAAUUGUCGAAAUGAGUGGAGCAUGCGAGAGAUGGCCCUGUGAGGAGACACCCAAUGGCUUCCACAGGCACUGGCCUCCGGAUCCAGUGCGAUGAUAACCUGCAGUCGAUGCUGGUGGGGACGGUCAUGAGGAAGAUCAAGUCUCGAACCUGGAAAAAACAGAGACACUUCAGACUCCAGGACGACUGUAUGACCAUCUGGUACCAGUCCAAGAAAGCCGGCAACGCUCAUUCCACAUUCUCCGUGAGUGAUGUGGAGGCGGUGCGUGAGGGUCACCAGUCUGAGGUGCUCCUGUCCAUCGCGGACGAGUUUCCGGCCGAGCGCUGCUUCACUCUGGUCUUUAGGGGGCGCCGUGGGAACCUGGACCUGGUGGCUGAGUCUGCAGAGGAAGCCCAGUCCUGGAUCAGAGGGAUGAGGAAACUGAUCGAGAAUGUGGAAAACAUGGGAGAGAGGGAACGCCUGGACCAGUGGAUCGGAGACUGGUUCAAAAAGGCGGAUAAGAAUCGCGAUGGGAGGAUGAACUUUAAAGAAGUGAGAGACCUGCUGAAGAUGAUGAACGUGGACAUGAACGAGCACCACGCUCACAGACUCUUCACCAUGGCGGACAAGUCUCAGUCCGGCACUCUGGAGGACGAUGAGUUUGUGUUGUUUUAUAAAAUGUUGACGCAGCGCGAGGACCUGCUCCGAGUUUUCCGGGAGUUUUCCACAGACGGGCAGAAGCUUUCACUCAGAGAUCUGGGGGAAUUCCUGAGGGACGAGCAGCUGGAGACCGGAGACCCCCAAACGAAGGCGCAAGAGCUGGUGGAUAAAUAUGAGCCGUCUGAGGCAGCUAAGCAGAUGAAGGCGAUGAGUUUCGAUGGCUUCCUGAUGUACCUGGGCUCUUCAGAGGGGAACAUCUUCGACCCCAAACGUAGAGGAAUUUACCAGGACAUGGAGCAGCCGCUGAACCACUACUACAUCUCCUCCUCCCACAACACCUACCUGAUGGAGGACCAGCUCAGAGGGCACAGCAGCGUCGAGGGAUACAUCAGAGCUCUGAACAGGGGCUGUCGCUGUGUGGAGAUCGACUGUUGGGAUGGAGCCAACGGGGAGCCUAUAGUUUAUCACGGACACACUUUCACCUCCAAAAUCCUGUUUAAAGACGUGGUCAGCGCCGUCGCCAACUACGCAUUCAAGGUCUCGCCCUAUCCCGUGAUCAUGUCCAUAGAGAACCACUGCAGUGUGGAGCAGCAGCGCGUCAUGGCCCAGUACCUCACCCUGAUCCUGGGGGACAAACUGCUGAAAUCUGCCCUGGACGGACGGCCUCCCAUCGGGCUGCCCUCGCCCCACGAGCUGAGGGGCAAGAUCCUGGUGAAGGCCAAAAAGAUCGGGGGUCUGGAGGAGAGCUUCUGUGGUUUGGGGGAGGACUCUUUAACGGCAGAGGUCAGUGAUGAAGACGACGGAGGAGAGCUCGAUGAAGACGGUAUCCACAGAGACAGCCUGCGACGAAGAGUCAUGAAGUCGAAGCAGCGUCUGUCCAAGGAGCUGUCGGACUGCGUGGUUUACUGUAAGAGCGUUCACUUCAGGAGCUUCAAACACUCCAGGAUCCACUCCAGGUUUUACGAAGUCGCUUCUUUCACCGAGUCCAAGGCCCGGAAACAGCUCAAGGAGGCCGGAGCAGAGUUCGUGUACCAUAACGCCCGUCAGCUCACGCGAGUCUAUCCCAGCGGCUUCAGAACCGACUCCUCCAACUACAACCCCCAAGAAAUGUGGAACGUAGGCUGCCAAAUCGUUGCGUUGAACUUCCAAACAGCUGGAGAGGGCAUGGACCUGAACGACGGCCUCUUCAGUCAAAACGGCGGCUGCGGCUACGUCCUGAAGCCCGGUUUUAUGAGAGAAGCCGAGAGGAGGUUCGACCCCGACAACCCACAGAAACUGGACGGAUACCAGCCCCUCACCCUCACUAUACAGGUGAUCAGUGGACAGCAGCUGCCCAAAGUGAACAUAAAGGAGGGCUCCAUCGUGGACCCUCUGGUCCGAGUGGAGAUACACGGAGUCCCUCUGGACCAGAGCAAACAGGAGACCAGGUGGAUCGAGAACAAUGGUUUUAACCCGGUCUGGUACGACACCCUUCGCUUCACGAUCCACGCUCCAGAGUUGGCCCUGGUUCGAUUUGUGGUGGAGGAUUACGACAAGACCUCGAAAAACGACUUUGUGGGACAGUACACUCUCCCGCUGAGCUGCAUGCAACAAGGUUACCGCCACAUACACCUGCUGUCUAAAGAUGGAACCAGCAUCCCCCCCUCCUCGCUCUUCGUGCAUAUUCGCAUCACUGAGCUGUAGAAAUUCUGGAAAAUACAUUUAUAUUCGAUCGUUUAAAGGCCCUUUACCUGAUUUUUACUGUUUUAAAAAUGUUACAAACACAACUAGUUCAAUUUAAAACAGUUUGCAGUUGUCCAAAGUUACUCCUUAUGCAUUUGGAGCUCCUAAUUAUCCUAAUCAUCAUAAGAUCUUUUCACAAUUUGCUGACACCAGUGCAGAGUUUCGGCGUCAUGAUAAACCUAGCAGCAACUAGCAUGCUAACCGAGUGCUUCCUGAUUCUCAGACACAGACAGGUCACAGCAGUUUUAUUUUAUUUUGACCCCAAACAGAAAAGCAGAAAUAAACAUCCAGUCAAGUGUACCGCAAAACAUUACAAUAUCAGGGUUCCCACGGUCCAUGGAAAUCCUGGAAAAGUCGCAAAUGUCAUUUCCCAGGCCUGGAAAAGUCAUGGAAUUUUGUAAAUUUAAUGAAAGUUUUGUAAAAGUCAUGGGAUUUUAGUAUCUCUUUCACAACUACAGCUUUUGGCUGUUGUGAUUAUUUCUGAACGUCUGCGCCUUUUGUUUAAAAGAGACGACAAUAAAUGCACUGACAGGAUUUUGAAUGUUAAAAACUAUAAUCCCAAACAAUAAGGUGAGUGGAAAGGGUUAACAUUUCAUAUUUAGCCUUAAAAGUCUGAUCAGUUCUACACAUGUAGGUGCAGUAAAGUCAUGGAAAAUUCACUUUAGGUCAUGAAAAAGUCAUGGAAAAUUUUUGAAUUGUUGACAGUGAAAAUUUGACUAGACGGCUACUGAACCAAUUACUACCCUAACGCAAAUCAUUAAAAUAUACAAUGCACUUCCUGAUUCUCAGCACACUGCAGACUUAGAGCUGCUUUUACAAUAUAUCUGUAUUAGAGCAAGAAAAAUUCAGCUCAAAAUGAAACAUGAAAAUACAAAAUCAGGUACACGGCCUUUAUAUAUUGACACCUGAAAACACUGCACUCAACACUAACUGAAGUGUAUCCAUUUUUAUGUGAUUUUAUGUAGGACUGGGGUUUUCUGAGACCCUCAUAACAACCCCGGACCCCUUAUUGUAAAAUGCAACUGACACAUAAUGAAAAAGUGCUGUAUUCAAUCGGGAUGUAAUGAUAUCCAAAUCUCACGGUACGAUAUUUAUUGCGAUAUUUUGAAGAGGCUUAUAUAAUUAUAGCUGGGACACUGUUUUGCUUUUGAAAUACCUUGACAAGAUUUUGGUGUGAAUUAUUUCCAUCAUAAUCCCAGGAAUUCAAGUCAAAAACAUAUUUCUUCAUGUUGUCUGCGCUGAAAUGAAUCAUGGGAUAUGUAGUUCUCUGUGUUCAUAAGCUGUUGCUGCUAUAAAACCAUGUAUUUAAACAAAAGAACGUGUAAUUCAAUAUAUUGUGACACCCCACGAUAUCAUUGUGAGACUUUUGACGAUACGAUAUCACGAUAUUUUGGUUAUUGUUACAUCCCUAGUAUUCAAGUGUGUGAUCCACCUGCUUGUCUCCAUGGAGAUUAUAUUGCUUUACGGAUGUUCCACAGUACGGUACUGAACUUCUUUCUACUUUCUAUUUUUCUGCUUUCUAUCUACUUCCAUGAGGACAAUCAGAUGAGGCUGCAGGUCAGAUCUGUGGAGAGGCGAGCCCGCACACUGUAAGAAUACAUGUUUUUUUUGGUGUCUUUGAGCAAUAAAAACACAGAUAAUAGAUAAGGUUGGAAACAAGUGUUGGACCUUCCACCAGAAAAGUUACAUAGUACACCUUUAAACUGAUAAGACAUUUGAAAUCUAGUUGAUAAAUCUAUUUAUUUAAAUUAUUUAUUUAUUUGGUUAUUUAACCUUAUUUCACAUUUCAGUUAAAUUAAGAAAAUAUCACUAUCACUAAUAGUUAGGACAUUUCUGUUAUAUUUAUUUCAGAAUUCUACUUCUAAACACAUGCAUUAUUCUUAGCUUAUUUAUGUAUUUUUUCAAUGUUAUUUUUAUUUUAGUUAGGUUGUAUUUCAUUGGAUGGCAUAGUUGUAGUUAGUUGUAAUUAGGAGGGUUUAGUCUGUUUAAGUUUGUUUCCUCUCUGUAACUCACCUUUAAAUGUUUAACUACUUCAUACUUUAAUCAUUAUUUGUUGUGGUAUAAUAAUAAUACUGCCAAAUGUAUUGUGUUUGCAUGUUGUGGGCUGUGACUUUAAAUUAGAUUUUUUAAUUUGUUGUUAAUUAUGAAUUAUUAGUAGUAUGAACAUUUUUGUGAUUGUAACAUUGUUUUGUGUUGACAAAUGUGCCACAGUAGGUUUAGGGACCAUUCCAUCAGUAUUUAUCAUAGCACUACUUCACUUACAUUUUAUUCCAUAGUUUUUGCUUCAUUAGUAAAAUAUUAUCUUUUUUUUUCUUA